CGGCACUGUGAAGCACGAGAAGCGAGCGUUCAGUCGCCUGAUUCUGGACGCCGCCUGCACCUUCUUCCUGCCUCCGUUCAGCUUCCAGAUCAGAGUGGGAGGACUUUACCUGCUGUACAGCCUGUAUCAGUGUCAGACCGCCUCGCCCUCAGAGCAGAUUCGGGUGGCGCUGAAGGACUGGGAGGACAUGAAGAAGUUUGAGAGGGACGCUGUGGACGCUCAGCACCUGGACGUCGUUUACAUCCUGCGACAGCUCAUGUUCCUCAAAGCUUUUAACUUCACCGCCAUGCCCACUCCGCUCGUCUUCAGGAAGAACAGGAAGCUGGAGAAGUCGGCGCUGUGUGAGGAGUUUAUUGAGCGAGCGUGUCGUCCACAGGAGCUGAUCAACAUCGAGCUGCUGGAGGAAUUGUCCAACAUUCAUGAGCUCUACGGGAAGCUGAAGACGUCUGUCGGUGUGACGUCAGAGCAGACGGAUUCGUCCGUCAACCUGAUCCGUAAAGACCUCGUCCCGCAGCUGCGCAGCACUGUGGUGGACUUUUACAAGUGGCAGCAAAAGAGGGGCGGUCCAGGUGAGGAUGAAGACAGCGGUGAGGGAACGUCCUCUCAGCAGGAG